UGACUUUACCAACUUUAUGAAAAAAUUACGUUUGUAUUGGUUUCUUUGAGUGGGCAUUAUUGUAUUUUCCUAUAACCCAAAAACUAAAAUUAAAACCUCAAGAUCAUAGAUUUUCACUGUUACCCAAAACCCUAACCCUAAUUCUGAGUAAUUCCAAGUGGGAUUCCAGAAUGGCGUGGAGGCAAAUAAUCAACACCAAGAUGACGACACCCAUUUCAAGUCCAACAUUGUUCUCUAGAUUCUUCUCUAAGUCAUCAUCCCCUUACCUCGUCAAGGUUGGAAUACCAGAGUUUCUGAAUGGAAUAGGGAAGGGGGUGGAAUCCCAUGUGGCCAAGCUUGAAUCUGAGAUUGGCGACUUUCAUAAACUGCUUGUGAUACGGACUCUUAAGCUCAAGAAACUUGGCAUUCCCUGCAAGCAUAGAAAGCUGAUAUUGAACCACACCCACAAAUAUAGGCUGGGACUUUGGAGACCAAGAGCUGAACCUGCUAAAGCCAAAUAAUUUUAGAAGUGGCUAAACGAAAAACAUUCCCCUGUCAAAAUGUACUUCUGGGCAAUUCGAUAUGGAGAUGUGGAAAUCUUGAGUUUUGCUUUAUUAUUUAUUAAUAUUUGAAAUCUUGUGUCACCUAUUAGAAUUUAAUGGACAAAGGGUAAUGGCACUAGAAUUUUCUUGUCAUCAGAAGCAAAAUGAGUUGUUUAGUAGUUCCCCAGAACUUGUGGAAUAAUAUUCUGAAUUUUUCCAGUAUAUAUUAGUGACAUGUGAACAUUUCGAUUU